AUGGCUGAGCAACUCAACGAAGUACAAAUCUCUGAAUUCAAAGAAGCUUUCAGUUUAUUUGACAAGGAUGGUGAUGGAACCAUUACAACCAAGGAAUUGGGAACAGUUAUGAGAUCCCUUGGACAAAAUCCAACAGAAGCAGAACUUCAAGACAUGAUUAACGAAGUAGAUGCUGACGGUAAUGGAACGAUCGACUUUCCUGAAUUUUUAACCAUGAUGGCUACCAAGAUGAAAGAUGUCGACACAGAGCAACUUACAGAAGAACAAAUUGCUGAGUUCAGAGAAGCUUUCAGUUUAUUUGAUAAAGAUGGAGACGGCACUGUAACGUCAAAAGAAUUAGGGACAGUUAUGAGGUCAAUGGGACAGAAUCCAACAGAAACAGAACUUCAAGACAUGAUUAACGAAGUUGAUGCUGACGGUAAUGGAACGAUCGACUUUCCUGAAUUUUUAUCCAUGAUGGCCAAGAAGUUGAAAGAUGUAGACACAGAAGAAGAAAUGAUGGAAGCAUUUCGUGCGUUUGAUAGUGACGGUAAUGGAUUUAUCAGUUCUACAGAAUUACGACAUAUCAUGACAAAUCUUGGUGAAAAAUUAACAGAUGACGAGGUGCGUGAAAUGAUAGUAGAAGCCGAUUUGGAUGGAGACGGACAAGUUAGUUAUGAAGAAUUCGUUAAAAUGAUGUCUAGUAAAUAAUCAGUGUAAAAAUGAAUAAAGAUCCAUGCCACGUGACUGUAUGUGUAUUUAACAGUGACAAUGAGUAGCCUAACUCAAAUUUAUAAGAAAACGUCAACUAUACAUUUCAUCUGUGCAAUUGACGAUAAAGUUACACAAAUACUUAUAGCCUUACUUUUUAUUCGUGUUUUCAAAGUAAAGUGUGACUCUUUCAGGCAUAUAGAUACAAGUUAACAUUUACUCCAGUAAAGAUAACAAUAAGGUUUACUACCCUAUACUGUAUAAGAUAAUGACGAUGGUGUGUUUAUGGUUGGGAUCAUAAGCACAAUUAUUGAAGAUUAUAUUUGAUAUUCUACCAACAUAAAAUUAAAAUAUAAUAUUGACAGUGUUGUAUUAGAACUAUGGGGUGUAUGCCAACGUGUUUACCUCAUACAGUAAAUUGGCUAUUUGUACCCGUAAAAAAGCUAAUAUGAAGUAUUUCUUAAAUAUUGUAAUCGGGAUAAAGCCAAUAUGGCGUAAUUCUUAUUGUCCCAUUAACAUUAUUAUUUUUAAUUUACUGUCAUAGUUUUUAUAUUAAAGCAGAAUGUAGUCCAUUUAGUUUCGUAAACAUUUUGAUAUUUGACAUUGACAAAUGUUACAAAACGCGGUGAAAAUGACAUAGUUCUUCUACCGUUCAUGAUUGAAACGUUGUUUGUUAAUUUGUCAAGAGGGGCUGUGGUGACUCAGUGAGUAAGACUGUUUUCUCCGCUAAUUUUCGCUCUAUAUAUGUAUUUGGUAAAUAUAGCCUUUUUAUGGUCAACGCUGGCACUAUUGAUAGCGUAUAAUUCUUACCUAUUAAUUUUCUUCAAAGGGUUUCCCUUUUGCUUGCAACGUAACUUGUUUCUGCACCAACCGUUCUAAUCAUACGAUAUGUCAUACAGUGUGCUGUUUUGAAUUCCAACUGUCAAGGGUUCUUUACGUGUACACCAACGUGUAUACGUGACCUCGGUUUUUCGUGCCAUCCGUUCGACUAGAUUAUUAAAGUUAUGUGUAUUUUCCAAAUAAAUGAAAAGAUGCAAUCUGAUUAAAAUACAGACCUAUA